UCCAAACAAAUUUAAAAUUAUUUUAAAGCCAGUCAUAAAACCAUAAGAACAUAUGAAAUGAUCAGAGGUGCAUUUAGGAUGGAGCCAACCUGACUUCACUUGGCAGGGAAUUUCCUUAGCAAGUGCAUGCAAGAGCAAACCUAUCUCCUGUACACAUCAACCAAGCCUCUUGAGCUUGGGCUUUUUGCUGAGAAUCUCAAAGGUUGUUUGGUGAAAUGCAAAAAUAGAACAUAACUGUGAAUGAGGAAGUGGUUUGCAUAGAUAAGUGAUAUGAAUCAUGACUUAACUUUUCAUUGUCCACUAAACUUUCUCAUAAUCUAUUUUCCUUUCUCGCAGGCUGAAUUGCAAAGUAGAAAGGAAUGAGAGCGAACAUUUCCAGAUCACUCGAUCAAGGCAACUAUGGCAGUGAGAACAUGAAUGUCUUUGUGGCGAACAUUUCAGAGAUGGGAAUGAACACCACUUACUCUCCAAUUGCUAUAAGCCCCACCAAUGUUAUCAUUGCUGUCUGUUUGUUGAUAUCGUUUCUAGUUGGCACAACCAUAAAUGGGCUCUUUCUCUGGGUGCUGGUGGUGAGGAUGAAGAACACAGUGAAUGUUCUCUGGUUUCGUCACCUACUUCUCAUCUUCUUAAUAGUCAGUUCCAUCAUACCUUUUUUUGCUGUGCACCGCCUCCUUGGAUUUCACUGGAUCUUUGGUAAUGUUCUGUGCAAGGUUCUCAAUGCGCUCGGUUCGCUAGGAAUGUUUUUUGAGGUAUUUAUCCUCACCAACAUCAGCCUGGAUCGCUUCUUCGCAGUAUGCCAUCCCAUUUGGUCCCAACACAACCGCACAAUUCCCAGGGCCCAACGAAUCAUUGCAGGAACGUGGCUUGUUUCCUUACUCUUCAGUGUCCCAUACCUGAUUUUUCGGGAGACUCAUGAGGCAACAAAUAGAAGGAUUAUAUGUGCCAAUAAUUACACAUUUUUUCUUGAUGCAGAAAAAACCGAAAGAGAUGUGCUGGCAUAUCACAUUCAGUUGGCUCUCUUUGUCAUACGAUUCCUAUUGACCUUUUUGCUUCCCUUUGUAAUUAUAGCAGGAUGUUACUAUAAGAUUGGAAAAGAAAUUAAGAAAAGAAGAUUAGUGGAACAAAAUGGGAAAACGUUUAAAAUCCUCAUCACAUCAGUGGCAUCGUUUUUCAUUUGUUGGCUUCCAUACCAUCUCUACUAUGCUUCUCAGCUGUUGGGCAAACUUUCUGAUGGAAUACAUAUUUUUCUUAGUUCAGUUAUGAGCGCUGGCAUGUGUUUCAAUUUCUGUUUCACCUCCAGUCUUUAUCUCUUUGUUGGACAGAAAUUCCAACAGGUCUUCAAGACAUCCAUUGUCACUCUGCUUCAGAGAGAUUUUGCAGAUGCUCCUUUCGUAUUUGUUGACAAUAUAAACAUGGAAGAUGGAAACGACCAAUAGCUACAUCACUUUGGAGCUCAAGGGAACUCAAAGGACAGCUUGGCCAAGAAGUAACCUUGGAAGUUCACACCAUUUUCUAUCUGCUUUGGGGAGUUUAUUGCACUAAGAACAGUUGGGUUUUCAUUUUCUUCUUAGUAUAAUUGUGUUUUAUGUAGUAAUGUAAAAUAUUUUCAAAGCUUACUUGAGCAAAAAUAAUUUUUUAAAAAGAUAAACAGAAGUACACCACUGUGUAACAACUAGGGUUGUGCAAUUCAUCAAAAACCUGUUCCAUUUUCGGUCCUGUUUUUCAGAGGAAGGGGGAUAUUCCAUUUUUUUUGGGAAAUUCCCAAAAUUGGGAGGGGAAAAUACCAUUUCCUGGAUCCAUCAGACAGAAGUUCUGUUUUUGCUCCAUGAAGAUCCGGCCCAUUGUUGGCAAUAAGGGAACUUCUGAGGCUCCACUUUCCAUCAUUUUUAGGACCAUUGGGAUGAAAAUGGCCACACUUUUCUCUCACAUUUCCUAUAUUUACAAGAAUUGUCUCUAUAGAUGAUGAUAAUAAUAAUAAUAAUAAUAAUAAUAAUAAUAAUAAUAAUAAUAAUAAUAAUAAAAAAAAUUAGUUAAUUACGGUUAUUUAUUUACUUUAUUUAUAUCCCAUCUUUCUCCCCAUGGGGACUCAAGGUGUCUAACAUCCACACUCUUUGGUUUCCAUUUAAAACAAAGCAAAUACAAAAAUAAAAAUCCUAACUAAAUAGUACUGUGUGGGUUAGAUUAAAAUGUAAUUAAAAUAUAAUAAAUACAGUUAGAAUGCCUUUAACCCCCCCCCCCAAAAAAAAAAAAACAAAUUCUGCUUUCUACUUCUUAGAAGUAGACAUCAGAUCCCAGCAUCUAUACAUCAUCUUAUACAAAUCAGUGGAAAUUUCAGACACUGUUCAAAUACUGUUUAGUAGAGGCAUAAACACAGAUGAUGGCUUCGUGGAGCACUAUAUAUAUUUAAAAUGUUACAUACGUAACAGCUGCAUCUGAAGAAGUGAAUUUAUUAAUUCACAAAUGCUAAAAUAAAAACCAGUUGGUCUCAAAGGUGUUCAAAUUGUAUCAUGAUAAGACUGUUGAGCUGGGAAAUAUCAUUUUAACCCCUAGUGAAAUAUCACUGGAUGGCUUUGAAGUCAAAUAUCUCUGCGUGAACCCCCCAGUUGGGCUUUUCUGUGGGUGAAACAUGGUUCCUUGAUUUCAUUGAAGACAAUUGAGGUUAUAAAUGUAAUUAAUGGAUACAAAACCAGUUUUUCUAACAUUGGUCAGAGGACUCUGGGAGUAUCUACACUGUAGAAUGAAAGACAUUUGGCACCACUUUAACUGCUAUUUUACAAUCUAAUAGAAUAACAAAAGUUCUAGUUUUGCAAGGUUUUUAGGCUUUUAUGUUAAGGGUGUUGGUGCCAAACUAAAUUACAGGAUACCAGGAUUCCAUAACGGUGAGCCAUUGCCGUCAAAGUGGCAUCCAACUGCAUUAUUUCUCUAAUUCUCCAAGAAAUAGAGAUGGCAUAGACACUCAUUAGAGAAGUGUUCCCUCAAAUAAAAGGAAAAAAUGUGUUUUAUUAUUUUUAUUCAUGAUUUCCCCAAAUCCAGUAAAAGAACACCAUUGACUGUAUGCCGCUUUCUGCAUUUUGUUUACUUUUAAAAUAAACUUCAUUUGUUA